GGCCUGCCAGUAAGAGUCGAGCAGGGAGAGAGUUACAGCAGCAGGAUAAAACAUGGGGAAUCAAGGCUCCUUCAUGGAGAAGGUGUACGUGUAUUUGCCUGUGCUGAUGUGCCACUCCAAGAUGGACUACUCCGACAAGUCCACCUUGUGGAACAUCCGAGCUGCCUACUUCGCUGAGCAGAUCGGCCUCUUCGCGUUCACGGCGUACUUCGUGUUCGCCAUCCGAAGAAGGCGCGACCAUCGAAAAAUACUCGUUCCAGAUAUAACGCAGGGGCAGGUCCUAGCCAACAACGUCCCUGGUCCGGAUGAAUUGAUGUACCGGAAGACGACCUACUUCCAGCACGAGAUGACGGAGGUGUUCCAGCAGCUCCAGCAGCAGUUCGUGGCCCUUAUGCUCACGAUCCUGGCGCACUUCGUGCUGGGCUUCCGGCCCAUCCUCCUGCUGCAAAUAUUCUCCGCGCCCUACCACUUCUCGGAGAACCGCCUCCUGCGCAAGCUCGUCCUGGGCCUCAAGCCCGGCUACCGCGUCUGGGGGGAGAGGUUUGAAGGAGAGCUGGAAGGGGAUAAGGUCAAGAAGGAGGAGGAGGCGGCUCCGACGGCGGUGGCGGACGGGGAGGGGGCGGGCGACAUUCCGGCGUUGGAUUCGUCCUCAGCCGUUGCUACUUCUGCUACUGUGAAGGCGGAGGCCGAUCCAGCAGUAGCCAUCGCCGCCGCGGUGGCCGGGGGGGACGACGGAAGUAAUAGUCUGCCGAUGCCGAGGGAGUUGGAGGACAAGCUGAUCGACGCUUGGGAGGCUGCUGGGGAGGGGGACUUUGGCGCCGUCAUGGAGCAGUUGGGGCCGUUCACCGUCAACACGCGGACUCCCGCCUUGGGGUGGAGCCCUCUCAUGGUGGCGUGCGGCUUGUCGCAGGUGGGAGAAGGAGACAUCAAGGCGAUGGUCGAAGACCUCGACGCCCAGGUCGACCUCCAGGACCAGGACGGGUGGACGUGCCUCCACUGGGCCGCGCAGCAAGGCCGUGUCGAUGCCGCCCGGGUGAUCUUCGAGGCACUCGGGAGCAUCGCCAGCGAGCCGACCGCCGCGGCGACCAUGAUCCAAGACCUCCUAGCGAUGAGGGAUGCGGAGGGGAAAACAGCGGCGGAUGUGGCAAGGGGGGCGGGGCUGGCCAGUUCGGAUUUGGAGGAAUUUUUGGGGGUCUUGGAAGACGGGGCUCGGUAG